GAUUCACAAGCUCCUCUACCAGAAAACAACAAUCCCCAAUUUCCUUCGUUUUCGCGGCGGCGAUGUCUGGGCGCGGCAAGGGCGGCAAGGGGCUGGGCAAGGGCGGCGCCAAGCGCCACCGGAAGGUGCUCCGCGACAACAUCCAGGGGAUCACCAAGCCGGCGAUCCGGAGGCUGGCCCGGAGGGGCGGCGUGAAGCGCAUCUCGGGGCUCAUCUACGAGGAGACCCGCGGCGUGCUCAAGAUCUUCCUCGAGAACGUCAUCCGCGACGCCGUCACCUACACCGAGCACGCCAGGCGCAAGACCGUCACCGCCAUGGACGUCGUCUACGCGCUCAAGCGCCAGGGCCGCACCCUCUACGGGUUCGGCGGCUAGGCGGCGCCGGCGCGUCUCCUGCGGGGCGCUGCGUCCGCGGGCGUUUCGUGGAUGGGGUGCCGUCUGUGAUUAGGGAUG